AUGCACAGACAACCCAAAGUUACAGCAGAAGACUUAAUUGAUGAGUUUAUUGACAACCAUGACAGGCAAUCAAUAAAAUGCGAGCGAAUUCAAAACGUUAUUCAACAAUUACAAAAUAAAGACAUUGAAUCAAAAGAAGCAACUGAAAUUGGUGACCUUCUUGCUACUCUAGCUGAGAUUAUUCCUCCAAUUCCUUCAAUAUUAACAAAAUUUUGCGAUGCAAUUGCAUCAAUUUGUGUUGACAAAAAGUUUUUACAAUUUACAGAUGAGGCAAUUACAACUGUUGUAUCCAUACUAAUUACACAGAAUAAGAAUUUCAAAAAUGAUCCAUCUCCAAUUCUAAGAGCAAUUUCUUCUAUUCUUUAUGGAAAUACUUUGAGACUUAAGGCAUUCCACGAUGAAUUACUUACAUUAUGUCAUACACAAUAUACUAUCUCAGAAGAAGCUUAUCGCAGAGCAAUUACAAUAAUUGGAAAUAUUUCGGCGUUCAGUGGAAAGAGUUUAGAUGUUUCUAUAUAUAUCAAGUCCAUUAGAUUUUUAACGCAAGCAAUUGCAACAAAUAACAUAGAAAUACAAAAACCAGCAUUAAGAGCUCUCCAAUUAACAGUUUUAGAUGCACCUCCACGUACAUUCGACCUUCCUUCAAUUACCAGCCUGGUCUCUGCCAUUGUUUUUGCUCACGGACCAGUUCCUCUUCGCUAUGAAGCGAUAAUGGUACUAAAAGCGCUUGCUUCGGCCACAUCCAACGCUUUUUACUCACAGUGGCCAAUUCUAUUGACCGGGAAGACCUCAGUUUUCGAUCUUUUCAGUGUCCAUUCGCGAAUUGCGAAAACAUCAGCAGAUUUAUUGGCGGAAAUGUUCACAGGAGCUUACAGUUACAUGAAAAUAGCCAACAAUAUCGAUACCAUACACGCUUUCACCACUCUUGCCUCACAAAUCGGUGAAAUCAUCGAUAUUUGUUUCAUAAGAUUUUUCGAUGUACUGAACAGAACACCCAGAAUCGAUUCUGCUGCAUGGUCGAAAACAGCACAUGCCUUCGCAAUAUUCGUUAAGGACGUUUCAUUCGAUUCUGGCCAUUUAAAGAGCGGAUAUCUGACACGAGUCGUAAAAUGGGCCGAAUCGAACAUUAAAGAGAAUCCUGAUGAGUCAUUGGCCGUUCUCAAGAGCCUCCUUUGGACUUCUAUUGAAAACGAAGAGUUCAAAAAUUCAUUUGACUUCAUUUUCAAUUCGUUUCUGGCCAACAUGAAGUCCGAAAAUCCAGAUACGUCCAAAACAGUCUCCCAAGCCAUGCGGCGUAUUGCCUACGCUUAUUCUUCAGAAUGCGUAUCCAGAUGGUCGGUUUUGAACCCUGUUUUGAAGGAAUCCGGGGCUGUUGCAGCCUUCCAAGUCAUCAGCAGACUCGCCAUCAACAAGAUUGAUGACAUAAACAUCUGGAAUGACAUCAUCACAUUUUAUGUUCCUUUGGCCUUCGAAACCGGCAACAAGACCGCAGUCAAACUUGCUCUAGAGUGCAUUGGCCACAGUAGUUUCAUCUUCUCUUCCCUCCCUGACUCUCUACAACGAACAUGUCUUUCAACCGUUUUGGCAAACGACAACGAAAGCGCGUACGAAGCCAUUGGAUUGCUUGCAGACUCUUCGGCACCUGAGUAUUCGAGCACAUUCCUUUGCGAAGCGUAUAUCAAGCUUUCAACAGCGAAUCCGCCACAAUUAUGUCCUCUUUCUAAAGUUCUCAAAGUUUUUUCAACAAACUACAAAGAACAAUUCGAGAAAUCAUGGAAAGACGAUGUUGUUCGCAUCUCCACGACAAACACAUCACCAUACAGUGCUGCAUGUCUCGCUUACGUCCUUCCUUUCAUGGAUGACCAGUUCGAAAGAGAUGCAGCUUUAGAACAAAUUUUGAAAGUCAUGGAUAACUCGAACGACGCUGAAACUAAGUGGGAAGCAGCGGCAAGUUUGUCAUCAGCGGCUAGAUAUGGAUAUUUAAACCAUAAAUGCUGCGAAUCAUUGUUAAACGCAAUGACGGAAUCGAAAUCUCCGAAAUUAAGAGUUAAUUGUGCAAUUGCGUUAAGUGAACUGACAAAUCGCAUUGUACUCGGAGAUCUAUUCGUUAAAUGCGUAACAGUGAGCGUUGAAUUCUUGAAAGAACCUGCUCAUUUCACAUUUUUGAAAUUAGACGAACAAAGAAAACUCGACGGACAAAUGAGGUCGGCUAUAACCGUUUUCUUCUUCAAACUCAUCAAAUGGUCUGUUCCAAAGGAUUUCAACUCGAUGGAAGAAGUUUUAGUAACAAAUAGCGAAAUGAUCUACGAGUUGAUGUUGUAUAGCGAUGAUGCUCCUUGGGAAUCAAUCACAAGACUCUACGAACUUAAGUUUACAAGUAUUCCUGCAGAUUUGUUGGAGAAAUUCCAGGCUAAGGCUUUCCCUGUUUGA